UGUGGUGGAGGAGGUACGCCGGACACCAGAGCAGAGCAGUGUGCAGCCUUUAACACCCAGGAGUUCAUGGGUCGACUCUACAACUGGGAACCUUUCACUGAGGUGGGUCCAGAUAAGCAGUGCGAGCUGACCUGCAGACCCGCCGGCUACCGGUUCUACGUCCGCCAGGCGGAGAGGGUGAGAGACGGCACCCCGUGCUUCAACCUCAGCACCAACGAUGUGUGUGUGGACGGACAGUGUAUGACGGAGGGUUGUGAUGGGGUACUGGGCUCCGGCUCGGUGAUUGACAGGUGUGGCGUGUGCGGCGGAGGGGAAAACUCCUGUCGUAAGGUGACGGGAAGUUUCCAGAAUGCCACAGUCCCACUGGGUUACCACAAGAUCCUGGACAUCCCAGUCGGGGCCACGUUCAUCAACAUCACCGAGAGACGAGCGAGCCCCAAUUACCUGGCCAUGAGGAGUGGGACGGGGGCGUCUGUGGUGAACGGGCGAUGGGUUGUAGACCCUCCAGGCGAGUACCAGGCCGGGGGGACCACCUUCACCUACACCCGACCGAGAGCGCAGGCCGAGGGGCAAGAAGAGAAAGGAGAGUCCCUCACGGCGCCGGGACCCAUCACCACGCAGCUGCAGCUAUAUAUCAUUUUCCACCGGCAGAACCCGGGCAUCGACUACCGGUUCUACGUCCCCGCAGAGAAGACGGAGGCCGAGAAAGAGAGGCCCAGGGAGAGGGAGGUGGCGAGGGAGAGGCCGAGAGACAGAGACGGCCCGAGGGCGCCCCUUCGAAGCGCCAUGUCGGUGGAAGACCAUGUACCUCCUCUUCCCCCCAUUUCGGGCCCUUCCUUCCCCUCAUCCUCGUCCGCCUCAUCCUCCUCGGACCGCUGGACUUCAGAGAGGUCUCGCCCCCGCAGCUCUGCGCCCAACCGUAACGCCAGGAUACCCCCUCGCACCGACCUGCCUCCCGACACACAGCCGCCGUUUGUGUGGAGGAGGGGUGGGCUCACUGAGUGUUCUGCUUCCUGUGGCAAAGGUUCUCAGCACAGGGUGAUUCUGUGUAUAAACCGCCAUACGGACCAGGAAGUUCCAGAGAGGAAGUGUGACUCUGCAGCCAAACCUAUCGCUGAGGAAGAGCCCUGUAACACAAACCCCUGUCCACCAUUCUGGGAGGCCAGCGCGUGGUCGGAGUGCAGCGUGUCGUGUGGUGAGGGGGUGCAGCAGAGACAGCUCCAGUGCAGGCAGAGCUUUGGGAACCGCUCCACCAUGGUGCACCCGCAGCGCUGUGCCACGCUCACCCCACCGGCAUCCACACAGACCUGCCAGCUACGCCUCUGCUCCCAUUGGGAGGCAGACUCUGACUGGAGCACGUGUUCAGUGGACUGUGGACUGGGGAGGAGGACGCGGAGCGUGCACUGCGUCAGUGACCAUGGCGACGUUGUGAAUGACAAGGAGUGCAACUCCAGACUCCGCCCACAAGGGAGUGAGGAAUGCAACAUGGGGCCUUGCGUGACCAACUGGUACUUCACUGACUGGUCUAACACUUGUUCAGCGCAGUGUGGCCCCGGGGUGCAGAGGAGGGAGGUGGUGUGUCUGACCCGCGGAGGAGGGAGAGAGGAUGGAGACUGCGUUGGGGAGAAGCCAGCGGAAAUGAAGGCCUGUAACAGGGGAGCCUGUGUGCCCACCACCAUGUGGUACAGCAGCCCCUGGACACCGUGUAACGUUCCAUGUGGGAACGGGACUCAGAGACGGGACAUCAUUUGUGUCCAGAAGAUGGGCAACGAUUUUACUCUGGUGCCACCUGGCGAGUGCGCCCACCUGGACAAACCGACUGCCGUCCAGGAGUGUGAGAUGGGAUCGUGCAAGCCUCGGUGGUUCACAACCGAAUGGAGCGCGUGUUCCCGCUCAUGUGGAAAGGGCGUGCAAAUGAGGGAGGUACGGUGUCUGUCGGCGGACAAACAGCACAGCCAGGACUGCGACUUCAUCGCCAAGCCCGAACAGGAGCAGAUCUGCAACACGAUACCUUGCAGUCCACAGGUUACAGAUGAGAACUGCAGGGACCGACGCCAUAACUGCAUGAUGGUGGUCCAGGCCCGGCUUUGCGUGUACUCCUAUUACAAGACUGCCUGCUGCGCCUCCUGUACCCAGAGCGCCCAGCGGGCAAAGAGACACUGACCAGCCGCUCGCGAACAGCCGAGGAUGCGUGGAGAUCGGGGGGGGGUGGGGGGAUGGGGGGGUCACAGUGCAGGUCAACCGUAGAAAUGACAAGUCUAUAGAGACGGGGACCGCCUCAAGUGGACCCGACUCCCGUGACGGCAUAUACCAGUUCAGAUUACCUUGUUAGCCAUAUCCCUGCCAGUCGUUGGGGCGAAACACUGUGAAAAAAUACUCGGCCUCUCCCGGCCCCCCCCCCCCCCACCGCACGCCACUAUCUCACACCACACUCGGCCACAAUACUCCACCCGUCUUCCCAUUCAUCCGCGUUUGCUUCAUCGGGCCCGUCGCGUACCGUUCGCCGCCAUCCCCCUCCCCACGAGGCCCGUUUCCAUGGCCGAGGACACGGCCGCGUGUCAGCGGCCAGAACCGGCGCUCCGGCGCCUCCCGACAGCCGUGGUCGGGAACACGAGCCGCUAAAUUGGAAGAAAAGAGCCGUAAAACGUGUGGCAGGCGGUUCGCCCCCCCCCCCCCCGUAAAAGCCCCAGCAGCCACCCCCCCGUAACGUAACCGGGAGGAUUCCCUCCGCGUGUUGUGUAUCCGUUCUC